GAAAAUGUGGAAAAAGUGCAAGAAGAAAUCACAUUAUAUAAAUUAUACAGUUUACAGAUCCACUUACAUAUAUCAGCAACGACAGGUAAAAGAUUUAUAGAUGCAACUACAAGGAGAGAAAAGUGGCCUUUCGCCUUCGAAGAAUCAAAAGACAACUCAAGCAUUAUGCUUUCACUGCUUGAAUAUCAAGGUGGUGUGAAUCAAAUUUUCAUCUAGGAGUUUUUAGCUUAUAAUCUGUGAAACCAGUUAUUCUACUUCCCAACCCAUUUGUCGGGCUCUUUGUUCCCACAGGGCCGUAACUUUCCUCUCCUUUCUCAGAAAUGCUUCAGCUCGCUCUCUGGCCUCCUCGCAUGUUUCUGUGGCAGCAUUACACUUUUCUGCCUCUCUUUGGUAUUGGGAAGCCACCCUUUUUGCUUCAGCAAAGGUGAUGUUCAUGUGGCGAGCAUGCUCUUCAGAAACAGCCUCCUGCAGCUUCAGCUCCUCUGUUAAGAGGUCCACAAACUGCUUCUCCAUCUCUUCCUUGAGAUCAGGGUCAUUGCCACCACAAUCUGUGCCACCAACAUAAUUUACAUAAUGCACAUAGGACAGUGGUUUUAUUUUUCUUAGAGAUAACAGGAGAAAUUACCACAAGAUAGAAUCUAUGCAUUAGAGAAAACAAUGAAAUGAAGUUUUUUCCCAGGUUAGAAAAACAACCAUAUUGGAAAUAAAAUUGGAACAAAUGGCAGAAAUGAAUAAUUUUGUAGAGUUAACAUUUGAGUUGACAGAAGAGACUGUAACCUGUGACUGAGAGAUUGGCCAGACCUGCAAAGAGGAAAAGCCAAAAGGUGAGCUUAGUAUGAUAGGUGUGAAAAAAUGAAAACUUUCUAAGUCCCAGAAAAUUGAACAUUGUACUUUACACUUUAAAGAGGAAAAGCCAAAAGGUAAGCUUAGUAUGAUAGGUGUGAAAAAAUGAAAACUUUCUAAGUCCCAGAAAAUUGAACAUUGUACUUUACACUUUAAAUCAUGGGCAAUAUAACAAGCAAGAAAGUAUUUAACUCAAGGACAUGAACAUCAAGGGGAACAUCACAGCAGAUACUCCAUGAAAUUUGAAAGCUGAAUCAACCCUUUGGGAAACAGUAUCAUAACAAUGUUCUAUUCUACAAUAACAAGGAAGUAGCCUCUUCUCAACUUAUGCAAAAGUUCUUCCCACUUCUAGAAAAUAAGUUCCAUCCAAUCCAAAAAACAGCUUAAGAGCAACCCCAGGAGAUUCUCAACUUUGCAGCAAAGAAUGAGACUACAAUUCCUAUAAUUAAAGAUCUAGCAUUCGGAUUCUAAGUUUCUUGUCUCUGUUUUUACUACUAGCCAGACGGAAUUGGACCAACUUUCACAUAUAUGCUAUAAAAGAGGAAUCCAGUAUAACAAUCAAGUGAUAUUAGUACUUUCAUAGCAAUUAUUUGGAUCAAAGAAGAGAUAUUUCCAAUCAAAUCUCAAUAGUCAA